AAUUGAGAGAAAUAAAUAAGGUACAGUGUUUCCUUAUGUAAUAUAGUCAAGUCAAAAAGUGGUGUUUCUAUGGAGAGUGAGCGUGGAUCAUAACAUACACACACUGAACAAGAUCGAGGAGGAAGAGAUGAUGAGGGAGAAGUUCGUGUUGUUUGGAGAUUCGUUGACACAGGAAGCGUUCCGAGAGAAUGGAUGGGGUGCUUCCCUUGCCAAUGCCUAUAAUCGCAAGGCUGAUGUACUUGUUCGUGGCUAUGGUGGAUACAACACUAGAUGGGCUAUGUUCUUGCUGCACCAUCUCUUCCCUCUGGACACAACUAAACAACCUCUUGCCACCACAAUUUUCUUUGGUGCUAAUGAUGCUGCAUUGUUUGGAAGAACUAGUGAAAAGCAACAUGUACCUAUUGAAGAGUACAAAGAAAACCUCAGAAAAAUGGUGCAACACUUACAGAUAUGCUCACCAACAAUGCUAAUUGUGCUCAUUACUCAACCUCCAAUUUAUGAGGAAGGGCGUCGGGCAUAUGCAAUAUCCUUAUACGGUGAGAAUGCUAGAAAAUUGCCUGAAAGAACAAAUGAAGCGGCUGGUCAAUAUGCAAACGCGUGUGUUGAGAUAGCUAAGGAAAUGGGCGUGCCGUAUAUCAAUCUAUGGUCUAAAAUGCAAGAAACAGAUGGCUGGCAAACAAAAUUUUUGAGAGAUGGGUUGCACCUGACACCAGAAGGAAAUGCAGUAGUCUACCAAGAAGUGAUAAAGGUGUUUGAUGAAGCAGGGCUUUCUGCUGAUAAGAUGCCAUAUGAUUUCCCUCACCACUCAAAAAUUGAUCCCAAAAAUCCUCAAAGCUCUUUCCAGCAGAAUGUUUGUCAUGUCCCAAUGGAGUAGAGAGCUCUGGCGAUUUUGUACACUGUUCUAUUUUGUAACCUUAGAUUUUCUUCCUGAACUAUAUACAGGUUGCAAUGCUUUUAAUAAAACAGCAUUGUCAACUAGUGUUGGUGCCUUGACUAUCAAGAAGUAUUUGGGCUAGAGCUUAUGUUUCUUCAGAAUAAAUUAUGACAUCCAAAAGUUACUAACAUAAGCUUCUUUUUAUAAUUAAUUUCGAUAUAAUAAUUAAGCGUACAA